AUGCGCCACUUUCUUGCCCCGGCGGGGUCCGUUUUCCGCACAUACGCGACGGGUAGCAGCUCUUCACGAACAAGGCUUGGGCCGACGUUGAGCUUGGAGCAUUUUGUCCAAAGGUCUCGGGCUUUGGCAUUAUACAGACAUAUCCUCCGCGCAACUCGACGCAUUGCGGACCCGUCCACCCGAGCUGACACCCGCCGUUUUGCACGGCAAGAAUUUGAGAGAAACCGAGGGGUGACGGAUCUUGACCACAUCCGCUACCUCCUCUCCACGGGCAAGACAGAAUGGGAGAGCAUGGAAAGGUAUAUUGACGGUCUGUAA